AUGACAGCAUCUGCUGGGACACGCCCAUCGGCGGGACAAGCGUCGGACGACCAAUGGCUCUUCUCCAAGUCGGAUCUGGCGCUGACUCCCUCUGUCCUCCAAGGAGCGCUGGAUCCAAUCGACGAAAAGACACGACGCUACAAAGGAGUGCGGCUAAUCUAUCGUAUGGGCGAAUACAUGCGACUGCCGCAACAUGUCAUGAACACCGCGGCCAUCUAUCUGCAUCGCUUCUACAUGCGCAAGCCGCUCGAAUACGGGACGAGCAAAGUCGGACAUCCACACUACGACAUCGCAGCAACCUGCGUCUUCUUGGCAUGUAAGGUGGAAGAGUCGCACCGAAAGCUUCCCAGCGUCAUCGACGCAGCCAUGGCAUCCCUUGACGGAAGUCCGACCGGGAGCCAGCAAUGGCUGCAACGCACAUAUCGAGCAGAUCCUGGUCACCAGGACUUUGCUCGCUGGCGAGACGUGAUUCUACUGUCGGAGGAGACAGUGCUCGAGACGCUCUGCUUUGAUCUCAUUGUGGAACACCCGCACGAGAUAUUGGUCAAGGCAUGCAGUCGACUGAGUGUCGACACCGCCCUCGUCCGGUUGGCAUGGACCAUUCUCAACGAUAGCAUGAGAGAUGCAACGUGCGUCAUGUUUGAGGCGCCGGUGCUCGCGGCCGGAGCAUUCUAUCGAGCUUGUCAGCUGAUGCAGCUCUCAGCCUCCGAUUUCACGGCAAAAUGGCCGCCCAAGGCUGCGGAAGGGCGUCAAUUGACAUGGACGGACGUGUUUGACGUAGACGAGGCGGAAGCUGCGGAGGUUGCAUCAGCGAUCGAGAAGGAUGUAUACGAAUUCCACGAUCAGCAUGCGAAAUGA